AUGAUUUCUUCAGUCAUGUAAACCCCACGGUGCUCACUGCCUUCAAACUGAAUCUGAAUCUGUGAACGGAACCGGAAAUGGACGAGGCACAGACAGCGUUUGGCGCGCUUGUCCAAGUUGUUGGCGCCACAGACACAAUUCACCAGCUACUGUCAGUGAAAGAAGCACAGAGUCGGUUGUCUUACUGAGACUUUAAGUACAUUUACUUUUUGACGCUAAAUCACCCAUUAACCAAUAUGACGAAGCUUUCAGAGGGAGCCAUUGAGGCUCUAACAAAUGGCACCGGUGAGAACGACCUGAUGCUUCAGUUGUUGAACAUUCGCAAGCUUGAGGGAGGAAGCGGGCAUACUCGCUGGAGGGUGAUGAUGAGCGAUGGACGGCACACUAUGUCCUCCUUCAUGCUGUCAACACAGCUGAACUUCAUGGCUGAGGAGAACCGACUGGUCCCAAACUGCAUCUGCCUUCUGAAGAAGCAUGUGACCAACAUACUGAAGGACGGACGGCGUGUAGUCAUCAUUCUGGAAAUCGAUGUCAUCAAGCCCGCGGAAGCUGUUGGAGGAAGAAUCGGAGACCCUACUCCAUUCACUGAGGGCGCGGCUAAAGGCCCGCAGACGGCGUCGAACCCUGAACCUCGCGCACCUCUACAGCAACAGAACCAGAAUGAAGCUCCUCAGACAGUGCAACGAGCUUUCAACAAAGACUUUGGGAAGAAGGGCCCAUCUGCCAUGCCCAGUACUCCAGGGGGCAGCUCCAAGGUUGUGCCCAUCGCCAGUCUCAACCCCUACCAAUCCAAGUGGACAGUUCGCGCCCGUGUGACCAACAAGAGCAGCAUCCGCACGUGGAGCAACUCUCGUGGUGACGGCAAACUUUUCUCCAUGGAGGUGGUGGAUGAGAGUGGAGAGAUCCGUCUGACCGGCUUUAACCAGGAGGUGGACAAGUUCUUCUCCCUCAUUGAGGUUGGCAAGGUCUACUACAUCUCCAAGUGCUCCCUGAAGAUCGCCAACAAGCAGUACACGUCCGUGAAGAACGACUACGAGAUGACGCUCAACGGAGAGUCCACCAUCAUCCCCUGUGAGGACAGCACUGAUGUUCCCAUGGUGCAGUGCGACUUCGUGUCCAUCGGGGACCUGGAGAGCAGAGAGAAAGACGCCAUUAUUGAUGUGAUUGGAGUGUGUAAGAGCGUGGAUGAAGUGACCCGCCUCACCACCAAGUCCAACAAAGAGGUCUCCAAGAGGACAGUGGAUCUGAUGGACAUGUCCGGGAAGGUGGUGACGGUCACGCUGUGGGGAGAGACGGCCGAGACGUUCGAUGGCUCUGGACAGCCCAUUCUAGCCAUUAAGGGGGCAAAGCUCUCAGACUACGGAGGCCGCUCCAUCUCCGCAUCCUUCAGCAGCACCCUGAUGAUCAACCCAGACAUCCCCGAGGCGUACAAGCUCCGAGGCUGGUAUGACAAGGAGGGUCAUGCCAUGGAGGGACAGUCUGUGACAGAAGCCAAAGGCGGCGGCGGGGGAGGAAACACAAACUGGAAGACUCUGUCUGACGUGAAGACCGAGCACCUCGGACACGGAGACAAGGCUGACUACUACACCUGCAUUGCUACCAUAGUGUACCUGCGCAAGGAGAACUGCCUCUACCAAGCCUGUUCCAGCCAAGACUGCAACAAAAAAGUGGUAGAUCAACAGAACGGCAUGUUCCGCUGUGAAAAGUGCGACAAAGAGUUCCCCAACUUCAAGUACCGCCUCAUCCUUUCUGCCAACAUUGCAGAUUACGGGGACAACCAGUGGGUGACUUGCUUCCAGGAGAGUGCAGAGGCCAUCCUGGGCCAGAAUGCAGCUUACCUGGGGCAGCUCAAGGACUCGAACGAAGCCGCCUUUGACGAAGUCUUCCAGCAAGCCAACUUCAACACGUUCGUGUUCCGCAGCAGAGUGAAGCUGGAGACGUACAACGAUGAAUCCAGGAUCAAGGCCUCAGUGAUGGAGGUGAAGCCUGUUGAUCAUAAGGACUACAGCAAGAGGCUGAUCAUGAACAUAAGGAAACUGGCCGCUGAGUAGAAACACUCCUUUGUGUUGAGAAUACUGUUUUUGUUUUUUGUUUCUGUACAGUCAACAAACCGCUCUAAACAUGUGCUAAAGUUAGCCGACAAAGCUUUUGUGUUUUCUUUAUUUCCCUUUGUUUGUUUUGCUUCCUGAGAGUGAGAAAUCCUCAAAGUUAUUGUGACUGUACACCUCCACUUUGUGAAAUAAUGUUUGGUGACCUGAUUCUGAAAACCCCCUUUCCUUUUUUUGUGUGUGUGUGUGUUGGUGAACAUAACAGACAAUGAUUUUUUUUUUCUCCCCCCUUUUCCUCUUUGUUAUUUGAGGGAAGCAGAGCAGAGAGUGGGUCAGUCAGCCACAAAAGAAAUCAUCAGCGUGUCUUAAGUCUGCCGGUAGUUCCUGCAUGCACUGUGGUCAUGAAGGAGGAGGGGGAGGGGGAGGAGGAGGAGGAGGGCGAGACCAGAACAGUAGCUAGCACUCUUUCCACUUUGUGACGCUCGCAGUCAGAAUGGCUCGGUUGGACCUGCACAGUCCUGAUAAGACCGUUUACUCUCACUCUCUUCCCCCGUCUAUUUCUCAUAUACUUGCAAACAUAAGCACAUAUACACAGUGCAGACCUAUUGGGGAAAUGUACUGCAGUCUAUUUAAGUAGAUACAAGGUGUUACCAGUGUGUCUGAGUCUUUUCAAUGUGUUCUGUAGUUCUGUUUUUUGUGAUCAUUAACUUGAGAAUAAAAUAUUUGUUAUCA